CUGGGUAGAGGCCUGCCUGGGUGAGGAGCUGCCCCCUCCCACGGAGCUGGAGGAGAACCUGCGCAAUGGGGUGGUGCUGGCCAAGCUGGGCCACUACUUCGCCCCCGAUGUGGUCCCCCUGAGGAAGAUCUACGACCGCGAGCAGGCGCGGUACAAGGCAGCUGGGCUGCACUUUCGGCACACAGACAACAUCAACUACUGGCGGGAGGCCAUGAGCCACGUGGGGCUUCCCUCGAUCUUCCACCCGGAGACCACCGACAUCUACGACAAGAAGAACAUGCCCCGAGUGGUUUACUGCAUCCACGCACUCAGUUUGUACCUCUUCAAGCUGGGCUUGGCUCCUCAGAUCCAGGACCUGUACGGGAAGGUGGACUUCACGGAGGAGGAGAUCAACAACAUGAAGCGGGAGCUGGAGAAGUACGGCCUGCAGCUGCCUGCCUUCAGCAAGAUCGGGGGCAUCCUGGCCAACGAGCUCUCAGUGGAUGAAGCCGCAGUCCACGCUGCGGUGUUGGCCAUCAACGAAGCGGUGGAGCAGGGGGUGGCGGCGCAGACCAUGGUGGCCCUGCGCAACCCCAGCGCGAUGCUCCUCGACCUCCGCGAGGCCUUGGCUGGAGCCUACCAGGAGGUGCUGCACCGGGCCAAGAUGGAGAAGGGCAGCAACGCCAGGAACAGGGUGAUCCCCGAGGGAGAGGACAUCUAUGACCGCUGCCUGACCCAGGCUGAAAUCCAGGGGAACAUCAACAGAGCGAAUGUUCACGGAGCUCUGGAGGAGGUGGACGAUGCCCUGGAGAGCCAGGACGCUGUGGCGCUGUACCGGGCACUGCAGGACCCUGUCCUGGCCCUGUGCCACCUCCAGCGCGACAACCUCGACCUCUACAUGGAGCAGCUCAGCACGGACCGCGAGCAGAAGGCGCUGGAUUUGGGCUACGUGGAGCUGCUGGAGCAGGAGGAGGUGGCGGCGGGGAUCCUCGCAGCCAACAAGAAGGGCGAGGAGGAGCGAGACAUGCUGCGAGCCAUCAGCUGCAUCAACACUGCCAUCCGCCGUGGGAUGCCGGCCGAAACGCUGCGAGCCCUGCAGGACCCCGCGGCGCAGCUCCCCGAC